CAAAAAGAGUCGACUCGUUCAAACGACACAUCACUAGUAUCCAGGCGACUCUGUUUCACCUGAGGAGGCUGAAAACUCUGUAACUUCUUCAACUCUACCUGCAACACGUAUGGGAAGUUAUUUUAAUAACCCAACUCUGGAUAAUACUGUGAAUGGGACUUUAUCGAACUGAAGACUAUGGAACCGCUAAAGUUUUCUAGGAUAUAGGAUAUAUCCACGAAUUAUUUCAUAUGAAAUGCUAAGAAAAUUAUAAAAUGACGAACUUAGUUCACGCGCUGUAAACCGUUGCUAGGAUUCAGGGCCUCAUUUGCAUGUGGUACAGUUGGACUAAACGCCUCAGGUUUAAAAAAAAAAAAAGAAAAAAAAGUAGUACAGCUGGAAGACAAACACAGGUGAAAUGGACGUUAAAUACAGACUGUUGCAGGUCGGAAGUUGGUCGAACACAGCAGAAGAUAAGCGAAACAUGGGUACAAGAAUAAUACAGGCAAAAUGAAGCACAUGGAGGGUCAACACACACACACGAAGAGGACUACAGGGGAAAUGUUUUGUUUUUAAACUAACCUAGGUUACAACAGGUAGACUAAUAGAAGUAAAAAAUGAAUACGGAUCAAUACAGGUAAAUGGUAGACCAAAUUAUGCAGGAAAAACACAAGUAAAAGAUGGACUAAACACAGAGAAAGAGACAGUACGUGACUGACUGAUAUAGCUUGGACGUGGACCAAACAUAGGCAGAAGAUUAAUCAAAGUAAAAGGUCAGCUGUUUCGAGCGGCGUUUCAGACGCACAGUGCCGACGCAUGUAGGAAGCAGCAUCGAACUCAUCACAGCGCCAAUUCACUCUAGAGUGAACGGAUGGUCCUUACCACUGCAUGUUCUCCAGCCAGUGGCGUGGCUCAUCUACAGCUUCAUGGGCAUUGUAGGCUUUGGAAUUUAUAUCCCACUCCUGCCUCAACCAUGGAAGUACAUUUCAUAUGGAGUAAUUGGUACAGCCUUCAUCCUGCACUUGUUGACUCAUCUGGCAGCGGUGACCAUGGACCCGGCCGACUAUGCUGUGCGUGUGAAGAAGGAUUACUCCAGCCCUGUGCCUGUGUUCGACAGGAAGAAACAACCACAUGUCAUACACAAUCAGCACUGCAACCUGUGUGAUGUCGAUGUGGGGCCUAAAGUGAAACACUGCGGCACCUGCAACAAAUGCAUUGCAGAUUUUGACCACCACUGCAAAUGGCUCAACAACUGUGUAGGAAGGAGGAACUACUGGCUGUUUUUCAUGACCGUGCUUUCGGCUGUUUGCGGAGUGUUCCUUCUCAUCCUGGUCAUCUCGUUUGUCUUCGUCGAACACUUUGUGAAUCCUGCAAUUCUUCGAACAGCAGCAGCUUUUCAAGCUGUUAAUGGAAGCACGACCUGGUUAGUGUUCCUGCCCGUAGCACCAAUACAGACCAGUUCUGCCAGUCUCCUCCUGUUGGCUGUUAUCACUGUCAUCAUCGCACUCGCCUCAUUACUACUGCUGUGCCACUUACUGAUCUUCCACAUAUUCCUGUUAUAUAAAGGCAUGAGCACAUAUGAGUACAUAAUGAACCAGCGGCAGUUGCAGAGCUCCAGGCAGCAGGAGGAAGGAGCCACACAGCCGUCUUCCUCUAAUGGAGCUGCAUCUCAGAUGUCUCUUAGGUGUAAUGCACCAUCGUCAGGCAAAUCAAGUACCUCCAAGUACCAAAACAGAGGACAGUCAACUGUCUCAAGAACCAUCUGUUCUAAGAUGAAACCUCAGUCGGCUGAUUUAGAGAACUGUCCGAACUAUGGCUCAAAAUCAGCAAUACAAAUGAUACCAGGUGCAGCUCCAGUGGGUUGGAGGGUGAGUAUGACACAGAUGGAGAGACCAUCGACUGAACAAAGUGAAGACCCUGUUGCUCAGAGUCCUCUCGGCACCUCCAUCGUAGACCCCACUGAGGUUCAUCAGCAGCAUAUACAGUACACUGAGCCACAGCAGUGACACCGAACUGCUCGCAAGCUGCUGGAGAGCUACACUGCUGCAAAUAUAUCCAGCCAUUGUGUGGAAACAUGCUGAAAAUGCACAUACAGAAUACACUGUUUUACUGACUGCAAUUUUACAUGCAUACUUUUUUUUUUUUUACAAGCACAGAACGUGAAAACUCGUCCCUGUUUUUAUUUCGGGUUACUAUGCAUACUUUCUUGCAUGUGUUUGUUCAUCUUCAGUUUAUAUAUAUAUAUAUAGUUCUUGUUUGUUUGUUUGCACAUUACUGUUUAUACCUGUGAUUGAUAAAUGUAAAAAAGUAUUUUAAAAAUCCUUGACCCUGCAUUUUGUUCCUGACCACAUGAUGGAGCUGUUGAGUAAUCAUUUCUGUGUUUACAGAUCUUGAAGCUUUUGUAUCAUAGGCUGUUCCUUGCAGGAAUACUCACUCCUUGUUUCUCUACUGUACUAAUAAAAUGCACUUUUAUUCUUAAACCA